AUGAGACUCAAGAUACUACUUGCCACAGUCGCUGGCGCACUUUGCGUCCAGGCCGCAGCGGUGUUUGCCCAUUUCAUGGUGGGCAACACGGCCAAGUACACGGACAGUACCUGGCAGACCGAUAUAAGGCUCGCUAAAGAGGCUCAUAUCGACGCAUUCGCACUCAACAUAGCCCAUGGCGAAUCCAUGAACGAGGCGUCACUUGAACGGGCUUUCAAUGCCGCCAGUAGCGCAGGUUUCAAGCUCUUCUUCUCUUUCGACUACGCGGGACGUGGCCCCUGGCCCAAGGAUACUGUCAUCAGCUACCUAAAGAAGUACGCGUCCAGGGCCGAGUACUUCAAGCACAGAGACGGCAAGCCGUUGGUCUCUACCGUCGAAGGUCCAGAAAAUGCAGAAGACUGGAUCGAAAUCAAGGACCAAGUCGGUUGCUUCUUCAUCCCCGACUGGUCAUCCAAAGGCGCGAAACCAUCUCUGGAGCUCGCCGGCGGUGUGGCCGAUGGGCUCUUUAACUGGGCUGCCUGGCCUUGGGGCGCUCAAGACAUGGACACCUACGUCGACGCCUCUUAUUUCCAAUACCUUGACAGAAAGAAACCCUAUAUGAUGCCAGUAUCCCCUUGGUUCUACACCAAUAUGCCCGGGUUUAACAAGAACUGGAUGUGGCGCGGGGAUGAUAUGUGGCAUGACAGGUAUGUUCAGAUUAUCUCAUGGAAUGACUAUGGGGAGUCCCAUCACAUUGGCCCUUUGUAUAGCCACGCCAUGGAUGCGUUCGAUGUCGGAAAGGCUCCGUACAACUAUGCCAACGACAUGCCUCACGACGGCUGGCGUCUGACGCUACCUUUCUGGAUCGACUACUACAAGAGCGGGAAAGCUACCAUUACGCAGGAAGGUCUUGUCACCUGGUAUCGCACAAGCCCAGCCGGUGCUUGCUCAGACGGCGGAACCACCGGCAACACGGCCGGCCAACUUCAGCUUGAAUUCCCGCCGCAAAGCGUCAUGCAAGACAAGAUCUUCUUUUCAGCUGUUCUUGGAGCCGAAGCACAAGCGACAGUCACGGUAGGCGGCAAGACCUUUCAGCCCGAGUGGUCCUCGGUUCCCGACGGCGGCGUCGGCGUCUACCAUGGCAGCGUCGCACUUUACGGAGACACUGGGGCCGUGAGCGUCCAGAUAUCGAGAGGCGGCGGGCCCCUCGCGAGAGUCGAAGGGACAGCCAUCAGUACCGCGAGCUGCCAUGACGGGCUCACAAAUUGGAAUCCCUGGGUCGGGAGCGCCGUCGUUGCCGGGUCCACAUCCGCCGCGAUGCCGCGAUCUCGCAAUGAGCAGGGGUGUGUCAAAGGGACGGGUGUUAAUGGCUUCACGGAGCUCUGCGAAUUCAACUGCAAAUACGACUAUUGCCCAGUGUCAGCCUGCCUGUGCCAGGCUUUGGGGGCCCCUAACACGAAGCCGACUGCGCUUUAUCGGGAGGGCUUUCCCGCCAAGGGGAGGAGCGAAAACUAUUCGGGGCUCUGCGCCAAUGCCUGCAACUACGGAUACUGCCCCGAGGAGUAUUGUUCACUGACGAAGCAACCAACAAUCGUGCCAACUGUGUCCGAGUUUCUCCCACCGAGCUGUACAGGAGGCACAAGCCGUGCUGGGUUUGAAUCCCUAGUGGGUCUAUGUACCUAUGCAUGCACCUUUGGCUUCUGCCCACUCCACGUUUGUCGUUGUACCGCCACCGGCGGCCUGAUAGAACCACCGAUACGAAAGCCAGGGUUCACUGGAAAGCCCAUCGGAGACGUCAAUGAUGAGAAGCUAUGCGACUUUACCUGCUCUCGCGGCUGGUGUCCCUCUGACGUUUGUGACUUCAGGGACGACGCCGGCGGUGACGAGGAGGUAGACCCUGACGACGCUUGUAAAGUGGACGACAGGACCUACAGCGCCACACCUUCUAACCGUAUUGGAGAGUAUAUGCGGUGGUACCUGAUGGAUCCUGAAAACGCGGCCACUACGGGCAAACAAUAUGUCACCAUCGUCAACCUGACCCCACACCCUUUCAAACUCACUUCAACGCACAAGUAUCAGAUGGACGAGUGGGACUGGGGCGAUAUCCCUUCCGGCAGGGCGCGGCAAAAUGUUGCACACUAUACCGAGGAAACUGGUACAAACCCAGUGGAUGACAACGGCGAGGCCUAUUACGACAUCGGAGACACUGGGAAGAAGUUUGUCGUGCGCGUUACUACUCACAUCCCUGACACGUACCCCAGGCGUGUGGUCUUUGACUUGACCGGGAUGGAAAAGGGCCAGCGCGAGUACAAGGUGCCUGGGCAGGAGGUGCCCGUCACACUCGUGAUCACGGGCAGCGACUCGUACGGAUUUAUCACCUCCUUGUCUUUUGGUCCGGGAAAUUGGAUGAACGCCAUCAAGAACGAGAUCAAACACCGGAAGCUGAUCGACGUGGUCAUGCCAGGGACGCAUGAUGCUGGUAUGAGCAAGCUUACGGACGCCAUCUUGACGCGCGGCGUCGAAUCCAACACGCAGAACCAGCUGCUAGACAUAUACGACCAACUCCGAGUCGGGUCCCGCUGGUUCGAUCUACGCGUCUCAAGUGUGCACCAGGUCCCCAUUCAGGAGUGCUGCGGAGACUACGAGUUCUGGAUCUCACACCUGAGUGAUGAGUUGGGUGAGGUGCCCAUUGGCAGGUCGGGCGAGAAGUUCGAGGCCGUCAUCGACGAGAUCAAUCGCUUCACUCGCGAAAAUCCGGGUGAGGUCAUUGUUUUGCAGUUCCGCUAUCUGGUCGGCAUACGGAACGUGCCGAGUGUUGGGCCCAUCUACUGGGAUGAGAGCGCCAAGAACAACUUUUUUGACAAGCUCAGAGGGAUCCAGAAUCGCUGUCCCAACCUUGGGACCAGCUCGAUCGAGCAGCUUAAGAUGGGGACUUUGAUGAACAUGAAUAAUGGGAAGGGCUGUGUUCUUAUAUUCCUGGAUACGGCGCACCUGAAAUAUGCAUCGGAGCCGAUAACCCUGCCUAUGGGGGGCAUCUACAAGAAAGACGCAAUGAGUUGGUACGAUGCCUGGCCCAACUUGGAAGAUACGAAAGAGGUGGCUGAAUUUGCCAUAAACUCGUGGACUCAGAAAGACCGAUUCCACGUGGCCCAGUGGCUCAGCUCACCACAUUUCCUGACUUCCACCUUCACCUACAGUCUUCAAGGAAUCGCCAUCCUCCCUACAAAUCCGGCUCUUUACUGGCGUGGCGUCGACGAGAUCUCACCCGAGCUCUUCCCUAAUGUCCUCAUGGUCGACUACAUCGGUAUGGUGCUCAUGAACGAGCCUCAGUGGGAUGCGCUGAGCGCUGAGCUCUAUACUCUAGCCAUCGGUCUCAACCUAUACACCAUCAGCGAGAACUGCGAUAUCAACCCGCGACAGUCGCCUUUGCUGCCUCCGAUCACUCAAAGCCUGGCUACACCUUCACAUCCCCUGGUGUCCAAGUUCAAUGGAAUCAUCUUCGCUAACGGGACGACUAUUGACAACCCACCGCCUGGCUUUCAUCCGGGACGCGUGGAGAUUUUCAGGAACGGCACAGAAUUUAGUAACGGUACCGUGUUGGCGACGGAUGUGCCUAACCCGGAUUUCGAAUCUACUUCAUCGAACUUCAAGAAGCAGACGAGCCAUCUCUCAUAUGUCCUCGCGCCUUCUGAAGGCUCAGACCACUGCAAGACACGGUUAGUGUCACAAAUUUCGGCUAUAAUCGAUGCCCUGGUGUACGACGAGUGCUACUUAGCUUCCACAUCGACCAAUAUCUUGGGCGCACGCGGAACCAUGUCCCUCAUCGUCUUUCACUUGAAGCACUUACGCACAGAUGCAGAACGUCUAUUGGCUUGGGAGCGGUCAACGUAUGAAAGCGCGGCGAACUGUUCUUUUGACGACCAGGCGAAGUCGCCUCGCCACAAGGUCGACCGCUAUGCAGAGACCGUUCGGCCGUCGCUGAGUCCCGAUUUUCUACGGCUUUUUCAUGAAAUGCUCCCGCAGGAGCUACGAGACCUGGUGUAUUCCCACAUACUUGGCCGGGAGAGUGCUACAUGGACUAUUCAACCCCACGGUCUAUACUUCCGCUUCGAUCGACGUAUCGCAGACAUCUCGACUCGCAUCAUACCCCGAAGUCUUGGAAUUUCACGGCAUCCGAUUUUUUCCACAGUCCGUCGAGAGCUAGCGACCUACUUUUUCGCGACAAACGUCAUAUUUCUUCGAUAUCGCUACGACUCAACCACCUUGGACAUUCUCACGAGACUUUGCAACCAUACUGGCUGUAGGCCCGUGCGAUACGCCAAGCGGCUGCAAAUAUUUUUCUGUCCUCCCGAAUCUGCGGAAGAUGAUUUGUACUGCGAUGAAGACGCUGAGUUUGAUUGGCAUCACAUCUUCCCGCGGCCCAAGAAUGUGCGAUCACUUGCACAACGAAGACAACUUGAGACAGAUCUACAAGAGAUGGGUCAUCAUGUCAGCGAGGAUUAUGAAAAGGAGUUUGUUUUCAUGAUCUCAGAGCAGGAAUGGCAAGCUUCGCUUGGGCGAAAUGGAAUGGAUGAGUGGUUGUAUAGCAUCAAAGACACCGGUAAGGUCAGACUCCUUUGGCACGAUUGGGAGAAGGUCAUUACGUAA